AUGGGGUGUGCAAUAUCUGGCUUGGCUGAAAAGGCGGACUUGGGCGAGAAGAGCACUCAUGAUGCUGGAGGAAGAGGAGAACAUCUCAGGCAAGAUCAGAUUGACAUGAUCAAGGAGUCGUGGAAAGUUAUCAGGGACGAUAUCGCAAAAGUUGGCAUCAUAGUGUUCGUCAGGCUCUUCGAGACCCAUCCCGAAUGCAAAGACGUUUUCUUCCUGUUUCGGGAUGUCAAGGACCUGGAGAGGCUUCGGACCAGCAGAGAACUCCGAGCGCACGGGCUACGAGUAAUGUCUUUUAUUGAGAAAAGCGUGGCCAGGUUGGACCAACUGGACCGACUGGAGCUACUAGCCAUGGAGCUGGGAAAGAGCCAUUACCACUACAAUGCCCCUCCCAAAUACUACAGUUAUGUUGGAGCGGAAUUCAUCAGUGCUGUGCAGCCCAUCUUGAAGGACAGAUGGACUGCCGAGCUGGAGGAGGCAUGGAAGACCAUGUUCCAGUACGUGACCUGCCUGAUGAAGCAGGGCUACGAGGAGGAGGACAAGCAGAACCAGGUGGCAGUUUCCACAAAGGAGAGAGUGGAAAAGACGAAUACGGCACUCUGA